CCAAUCCUUCUUCUUUAAAUUGCAGUACACAACUCAUUCACAUCUCACCUUAAACAACAUCAACAGCUUCUCUCUCAUUAAGAGCCAAGUAUAUUUCUUGGACAAUAUAAUUCAAGAAACCAAGUUUGUAACUUUAUUUAACAUUACAGCAAACCUGAAGCAAGAUAGGCUUAAAGAUUUAGAAGAGUUCAUAAUACUUGAUUGGAGAAUGAAUGGAAAAAAAGGCAGCUUUGAGAUCAACAUUCCAAUGGCUACCAAACCAAAUAAUAAGCAACUGCAAGACGAAAAGAAAGAUGGAUUUGCAGGAUUUUCUUGCAAGGCUUGUAUGUGGAGAGUGUGGAAUUUUGCUAAAGAAGAUAGCAAUAGAGUGAUAUUCUCAUUCAAAGUGGGGCUUGCUGUACUUCUUGUGUCGUUGCUUAUACUAUUCCAAGCACCUUAUGAUAUAUUUGGCACGAAUAUCAUCUGGUCGAUCCUCACUGUUGCAAUCAUGUUCGAAUACACAGUCGGUGCAACUUUCAACCGAGGGUUCAACCGAGCACUUGGGAGCUUGCUUGCAGGUAUAUUGGCUAUUGCAGUUGCUCAGUUAGCUCUACGCAGCGGGAGGAUUGGAGAGCCUUUUGUCAUUGGAAUUAGUAUCUUCAUUAUUGGGGCUAUUACGUCAUUCAUGAAAUUAUGGCCAUCUCUUGUGCCAUAUGAGUAUGGAUUCAGGGUUAUACUCUUUACCUACUGUUUAAUCAUAGUUUCUGGUUAUCGAAUGGGGAAUCCAAUUAGGACUGCAAUGGAUCGACUGUACUCUAUCGCCAUUGGAGGGUUUGUAGCAGUUCUAGUGAAUGUGCUGGUUUUUCCUAUUUGGGCUGGGGAGCAAUUACACAAGGAGCUAGUCAGCAGCUUCAAUUCAGUGGCCGACUCUCUUGAAGAAUGUGUGAAGAAAUAUUUAGAAGAUGAUGGGUUAGAUCAUCCAGAGUUCUCCAAGACCGUAAUGGAUGAGUUUCCAGAUGAGCCUGCUUACAGGAAAUGUAAAAGUACAUUAAAUUCCUCCGCAAAACUCGAAUCCUGGGCUCAUUCAGCAACAUGGGAGCCACCACAUGGCAGGUUUCGACACUUCUUCUACCCAUGGUCAGAGUAUGUUAAAGUUGGAGCUGUUCUAAGAUAUUGUGCUUAUGAGGUUAUGGCACUUCAUGGUGUAUUACACUCUGAGAUUCAGGCACCAUACAACCUCCGUGUCACAUUCCAGCCAGAAAUUCAAGAAGCAGCAACACAGGCUGCAGAACUAGUAAGGAAUUUAGGCAAAGACAUAAGUAACAUGAAGCGAAGCCUGAAAACGUCACUUUUAAAGAAAGUUCACAGUUCAAUAGAGCGACUCCAGCGCACCAUAGACAUCCACUCUUAUCUCCUAAUAUCUAAUUUUGAUCCUCUCGACAACUCUUCCAAGCCACUUCCUAAAUUGCCUGCAACUCUUUCAACAGCCACCAGCUAUGACCUCUCGAAUCAAAUUCCUGAACUUGACAGCAAUAGCUUAGUAAAGAACUCGGAUCUAAUAAACCAAAACACUCCUUCAGGUACUCUUGCACUAGGACAACCGGUGGAUUCUUACCAUGAGAUGAUGAGGAAGCAGUCGAGGAGGUUGCAUUCGUGGCCAUCGCGGGAGGUGGAUGCAUAUGAAGAAGAGGGAGGCUUUAAUGUGGAUUUUCUGCCAAGAAUGAGAGCAUUAGAGAGCACUGCAGCACUGUCACUUGCCACAUUUACCUCAUUGCUUAUCGAGUUUGUUGCUAGGCUUGAUCAUUUGGUUGAAGCGGUUGAUGAGCUUUCAAAGAUGGCCAAAUUCAAGCAUGAGAGUGUAUAGAAGGAAGAUAUAUUAUAUGUCGGCAUAUACAGAUUUUGAGAUGAUACUGAUGUAAAAGAUAUAUUACUUGAACUGACAAUUUCAAAAAUGGGAUAGCAAGAGGGGAGAGGAUUCUAAAACAAGUUGUAAUCACUUGAAAAUAAAGUUUGAAUAAUUGAACAUUUAGUUUUUUAAGUUCAAAAA